GCCACGUGCUAUUAUACAACGCAUUAGGUACCAGCGUGUGGUCCACACUAAGUGGAACAGUUAUCACUCCGCAUUCACUACUCAUCAGUGACUGGUCAGUAGUGUCCACACUACUUUGUGGUAGACACUCGUUGUGAAUAUUAGUGCUAGUUAUUUAUAGUUGUAAUUUAUUUUAUGUAAAUGUUAAAUAAAACGGUUGUGGCUUUCAUUUAGUAAUGGUAAUGACAAUUAUUUUUCAAGAAAUUUCUCUAACUCUUUCAAAUAAAAUUUAACAUCAAAAUACAUGGAGUCAAAUGAAAAAGCCAAUUUAAUAACUAAUCAUGUUUAUACAAAUUAUUCGAAUAAACCACACCAUUUUAAGUAUAAAAGUACAAUAAGCAGAGUGUUAUGGCUGGCAUUUGUAGUAACAAUGCCAUGUAUGGCGCCGGGCAUGAGUUUUGGAUAUUCUGCUAUUGUGUUGGAUCAAUUGCCAUUAACAGUUGAUGAACAAUCUUGGUUUGCCAGUCUACCGUCCACGAUGAUGCCAAUCGGUUGCCUGUUGAGCGGGCCGCUGAUCGACAAGCUCGGCCGGAAGACGGCGCUGAUGGUGAUCAACCUGCCGUCCUUUGUGGGCUGGCUGCUGUUGUCCAGUAAACCGGCCGGCCUGUACGUGCUGUACGCGGGCCAGUUGCUGGUGGGCCUGUCGGUGGGCCUGUCCACGACCCCGGCCACGGUGUACGCGGCCGAGUGCAUCACGGUCAACUACACCGGGCUGCGCGGAUGCUUCACGAUAAUGACGUCCAUCAUGCUCAACUUCGGCAUGUUCCUCACGUAUCUGCUGGGCACGCUGAUGCCCGCUUACGUGGUCGCUUACGUGGCGGCGUUCGUGUCGUUCGCCGCGUUCAUAUUCAUCGGCAUGCUCAUACCCGAGAGCCCGCCGUGGCUGUUCGUCCAGGGCCGACGCGUGGACGCCGAGUUCUCGCAGCGGGUGUUGCGCAUCGCCCAGCCCAUACUGCAAACGUCCAGGGCCAAGUCGCUGGACGGCGACUCGGCGGCCGCGGUGCGCGUGCGGUCCCGGAUCGUGGACAGGCUGGCCGAGCCGGACGUCUACAAGCCGAUGGUGAUCAUGACGAUGUUCCUGUUCUUCCAGCAGGCUUGCGGUUCGUUCGUGCUCACCUCGUAUAUGAUUCAGCUGCUCGACGGCCUCAGCGUCACCGUCAACGGUUACCUGAUCACCCUGCUGGCCGGGUUCACCAACCUGGCGGCCAUGAUCGUGCUGUCCAUGUUGCUCAUCCAGUACGGUUUCAAGCAGCUGUCCUGCGUGUCGUGCGCCGGCUACGCCGCGUCCAUGCUACUGCUGGCCGUGUUCCUGCAGUGCUACAGCGGCGGCGACGAGCUGGUCACCAACGCGGUGGUCAUCGGUUGCGUGCUGUUGAACAUGGCCAUGAACGGGCUGGGGCUGCGGCCCAUACCGUACGCCAUGCUCGGCGAGGUGUUCCCCACCGACGUGGCCGGCGUGGCCGGAUCGAUCGUCGCGUGCUUGUCGUCCGUGUUCAACUUUGUCGCAAUCAAGUCGUACCCGUACUUGCGCAUAUGGCUGGGCCCGGGCGUGUUCGUUCUGUACGGGGUGCUGGCGCUGCUCACGUUCGUGUUCGUCGCGGUAAUCGUGCCGGACACCCGGGGCAAGACCAUCAAGCAGAUCGGCGACGAUUUCCUGGGGAUUAGGCCGGACGGUGGUGUCGAUUAGGUACCACCGCGACAGGAACUGUUCGCCGGACGAAGUCUUUUGAACGGUGCACGAUGGAUUUUAUACCUUAUAUAACAUUUGGAUUUUCUAGGAUCUCAUUUUUCAUUAUAUGGUUACAGAUAUAAUAUUA